GACCAGACACAAAGCCGAUCAAUCCCGGCGGCGCGGGGGCGGGGGACGCCCCGCCAGGGCUUCCCUUCCGCUCGUCGCCUCCUCCUGCCCGCUCAUUAGGACCAAGCCGACAGCUCGUCCGGCUUCCACUGCCCGCCCCCUCUCAUCGCCCCCCAACCCCCCCCCCAAAAAAAAGAACUGCCCAGACCCCCAGGCCGCUGGCUAGGCCAGACCCGCCGCUAGACAACCGCCUGCAAGGCGCCCCUGGAACGGGGGAACUGACAUCCCGUCCGAGUCCGCGCCUCCCCUCCCCUGCGCGCGUCUCUCCUCUCCCGCGCUACAAGUUCAGGGCCCCCCCCCCCCCGCCCCCGCCGGCCUCCCGCGCUCCCGCCGCCGGGACCCUCGGCUUCGGCGGAGCCGCCAGCCCAGACUCCGCGAAGAUGGCGAGGAGGAGCCGCCACCGCCUCCUCCUCCUGCUGCUGCGCUACCUGGUGGUCGUCCUGGACUAUCAUAAGGCCUGUGGAUUCUCUGCCCCAAAAGAUCAUCAAGUAGUCACAGCGGUAGAGUACCAAGAGGCUAUUUUAGCCUGUAAAUACCCAAAGAAGACCGUCUCCUCCAGACUAGAGUGGAAGAAACUGGGGCGGAGUGUCUCCUUUGUUUAUUAUCAACAGGCUCUUCAAGGUGAUUUUAAAGAUCGAGCUGAGAUGAUUGAUUUUAGCAUCCGGAUCAAAAAUGUUACAAGAAAGGAUGCCGGGAAAUACCGUUGUGAAGUCAGUGCCCCAUCUGAACAAGGUCAAAACCUGGAAGAGGAUACAGUCACUCUAGAAGUAUUAGUGGCUCCAGCAGUUCCGUCAUGUGAAGUACCCAACUCUGCACUGAGUGGAACUGUGGUAGAGCUGCGAUGUCAAGACAAAGAAGGCAAUCCAGCUCCUGAAUACACGUGGUUUAAGGAUGGCAUCCGUUUGUUGGGGAAUCCCAAACUCGGCUCCCAAGGCACCAACAGCUCAUAUACAGUGAACACAAAAUCUGGAACUCUGCAAUUUAAUACUGUUUCAAAACUGGACAGUGGCGAAUACGCCUGCGAAGCCCGUAAUUCCGUUGGACACCGCAGGUGUCGUGGGAAACGAAUGCAAGUAGAUGAUCUCAACAUAAGUGGCAUCAUAGCAGCCGUAGUGGUUGGGGCCUUAGUGAUUUCUGUCUGUGGCCUCGGUGUGUGCUAUGCUCAGAGGAAAGGCUACUUUUCAAAAGAAACUUCCUUCCAGAAGAGCAGUUCUGCAUCUAAAGCCACGACAAUGAGCGAAAAUGAUUUCAAGCAUACAAAAUCCUUUAUAAUUUAAAAGAACCCCACCUUUGAGAUACACCAAAACCACAGCUGUUGCCCAAGUUAUUUAAAGAUUAUAAAACUCUGCUUUGUCUUACAUUUGCAAAGAGAUCCAUGAGGAGAUGAAAUGGGUAUUUCAUUAUAAUCUUUAUGACUGCUAAAUCACUUGAAAUUUUUAUUUUACACAAAUAGUUCUGUCAGCACCUAAAAUACAGUCUGGUUUCUUAUGUCUGGACGAAGUUUUAAAGAAUCAAAAUACUUUGUAAUAUUGCGGGACUUGUGAAACGUUAAAUAUCCUAACUCCUAGAGGAAGUUACUAAAAUGUAUCAUGUUGGUUGUGAAAUUAAUCCCCAAAGCCUGAAAAUAUAAACUGCAUGACCCUCUGUGUGAGAUUUAGAGGGUUCAGAAAAUAUUCUGACAGAUCCAAAAGGAACCUCUGGUCUCAUAUCUACCAGGAUCCUCUUUUCUCCCCUAAUAUAAUCCUGACUCCGCUGCUCCUUUAUCACUAAUAUAUCCACAGAAGGGAGAUGGCGGGACUGGGUCUUACACCCAAGGAUUUGCACUCUGGGUUUACUUUCUGAGAACUGAAAGCAACAUGAAGAAGAACAUCUAAUGACCAGAGCUCACUCACCAGUGUGUGUCAAUGAUUUCUUCAUUAAACACUGUUUUGAGUCACACACAAACCCAAGCGUCUUAUUUCACCCCCAGAGCUUCCUGUCAUUGCUUCCUUCCCCAAGGCCCCCUUGAAGAGCAACAGUGACCCUGACGUCAGAACUCACCACUGGAGCCAACACACAGGACCCUGCAGGUACCUGUCCCUGUGUGAUGGUGACUUCACAUCUCUCUGUCUCUCAAAAUCACGCAGUGAAUUCUGUGUUGGCCUGAGUCCCUUGCUCUUUGGCUAGUGGUCUGCCGAUCCUGCUUACGGCCAAGUCAGGGAUACAGAGGGGAGGAGUGGCUGUCGCACAAGAAAAAUGAGAUGAAGCAGCUCGGUGUGGCUCCCCCAACCUGGAGCCCUGCUUGAGACUUAGAAGACACAGGAGAAAUGAAGUGAAAACUGGGCCUGAUCAUCUGGCUUCUCAACUGAUAUGUCACAAAGACCUCCAGCUAGUGUUACAACGUGAAAACUCCAGUGACCCACGUACUAGGGAGAGCAGUUAGGCUGUGUUCAGUUAGGAAUGAUCAUCUAUAACUUAUGCUGAUUAUUCAAUUCAUAUUAAAAACAAAGCAUGGCUAGGGCAUUUCCAAUUCUAGGCAAAUCUGGAAGACAAGGUCCCUCACUACCUUUGACAACUUUGAACACGGUUACGCUGCUUUGAAAGGAGCCCUGCUUUUUUCCCAAUUGGCAAAGCAAAUCCCCAGGAUUCACUGGACAACAACUGGAUUAAGUCCUCACCAGGUGCCUAACAUAUGCCAGGACAGCAGGUCACUGGGAAGAUGCCUGUUGUCAGAUUGCCUGCCCCCACCCUCCAUCCCUGCCCCACUUACCCGUGACAUUCAAUGCUUUUCAGCAGACCCCUUCCAGCAUUUUCUGUAAAGGGCCAGACGGUAGAUACUAUAAGCCAUACAGGCCUUACGGUCCCUGUUACGGCUGCCUGGACUCCUUAGCUCUGUCACUGUGGUAUGAAAGCAGCCACAGACAACAAGCAGAUGGUCGGGUUUGUGUUAUUUACAAGAACAGCAGGCACAGCCAGGAUCUGGCCCACACGUGUGGUUUCCCAACUCUUGAUGGUGGAGCAUGAAACAAAGCACCCAUCUAACACCUUUUGUCAGAAAUUAAGCUAAAUGUUGUCCAUGCUUUGAUUUGCUUUGGCUUGGGGAAUGCCGUCCUCUGGCAUCGCCGAGUACCAAGGGGAUACGUGAGGCUCCAAGAUGCCUCUUCAGGCAUCCCUACCUGCACACAAGAUCAACUUCUUCAGCGUAAAUGAUGCAGAUCCCUAUUGUGGGGGAAAAAAUAAGCGGUGCCUUAGCUUUCCUAACAGAAGAAAAGCCAUAUAAGCUAGAGGAUUCACUGUAUGCAGUGUCAACGUCUAGUCUCUUAUGUCAAACACACAUACGUUACCUUAGAAUAUUGUAAACAGCUAAAAAAAUCACUGUGCAAAGAAUGCUUUCUCCCACAUGUAGGAUAUAGUGUUGAGCACUCAUUUUCCAAUUAUUAAAAGUAUAUCCACCUG